UUAAUUCUUUUUCUUUAAUCAAGUUUUCCAUAGUUGACAGCAAAAUGGAUUUCAUUGAUACACUCCUUAAUCAAAUGUCAUCAACAUUUAAUCGAGAAGGAGCAAUACCAAUUCAAGCUGAAAUAUCUAUGGAUGAAACAUUCAAAUGGCGAGCUUUAAAAAACAACCAGUUUGCUAGUCGGUCAAAAAAAGUACGAUUCUCGAAGAACCGGUUGAAAGAAAAGGAGAAAAUCGAUCAGAGUAAUAAUUAUUCCGAAAACACGACUCAUAGUUGCAGUACAAUUAAUGGUUUGAAUCAAAAUGAUAGCAUAGAAAUUGAGAUUGAAAAUGAUAUAAGCCGAGCAGAAAUUCAAGAGAUAGUGGCAAUCACUCAAGGUAUAUUUUCAGUAACUGAGUGUUUAAACAAUCAAUCUACAGAUAUCGAGAGAUUGAGUGGAAAUAUUGACAUGAUUGACAAAAGUGAAUGCAAUCUACCAUCGCUUUCUUCGUCAACUAGCUCCUAUUCAAUAAGAGAUAAAAUAUCUAGGUCGUCGCGUGCUAGUAAUAACGUAAAUACGAUAAAAAAAUCUCUUGAGAAACCCGAAAUUAACAAAGAAAUCAGCCAAACAAGAAAUGACUUAUCAAGGAUCGAGAAAAUUCAGCCGCUUUCUGAACAAGUGUCAUCUGGUAUCAAUAGCAUAUUUGUUCAAAUGUCAUACACGUUCAACGGAUCUAUUUCUAAUAAAUUAAGUCGUAUUGAAGAAAACUCCAUAGAUUCAAAUAAAGUACAUGAACCGAAUGAAACACAUCUUCAAACAAAAGAUUAUAUCGAACCGGCACCUCGUGGCUUAAACUCUGAAGUAUCAUCUCAACUUCAAGAAAACUUGCGAAGAUCUGGCAGGCUAAAACGAGAUCAGACUUCAACUCUUGACUAUCAUGAUGCAAAAAUUAUUGUACAAACUAUCGAUGAACCUACAACAGGUGAUACUGAUUUCAUUAGAAUAAGUUCUGACAUUACUCCCAAAUUUACUAGAAGCGUACUACCUAAGCAAACCAACAAAUCAUUGAAUUCAAAUACUAACCACGCAACUGAAAAAAAGCUUCGUAGGAAUCGACACAACCGAUAUAAAUACUUAGACCAUAGAAAAAAGGAUUGUAAUGCAAUAAAAAAACUCAAUCAAUUACGAGUUCCACAAAAAAUAUGCUCGAAACAAAGCAAAGGAAAGAUUUGUGCAUUAUCAAAGAAAGCAACCGUACUUCAUAGGCAAUCUUCGUAUUUGAAUAAUUCGAACAAACAUUCAAUUAAGCAAAAAUCGGCUGCAUCAGGUAAUUAUUACAGGCGAUCUGAACGCAAAUCUAACGUGUUGUCAAUUGAUUCUAUGUUGCUUAAAUCAGAAACACAGAAAAAUAAUAGUGUAAAACCAUUAAGGCGGCUUUUAAAUGUUGAAAAUAACAUGAAACAUGAUUUGUUAGAACAUAAGGGACGACUUUCCCGGCCAAUCAAACUUUCUGCGAAAAUUCUUGCUAAUGCUGAAUUGAGGCACGGGUUUGAACUGCAAAAUACUUUAAGGUUGAGCAUCAAUACUGAAAUGAAAGGUAAAACAAACCCAAAAAAGUGUACAACAACCUUGUUGCCAGAUAGUUCUAAAAAGCAAAAUCUUAUUGCUGAAAAGAGACGAUUAUCAAUAACUAGAAGCGACAUAAAUAAGAGUUUUGAUCUAAGUGAUUUUCUCGAUGAAAUAAAGCGUCAAAAUUUGGGUAAUAAAAGAUCUCCGGAAAAUAGAAAACUCAACAAAAAACAGCAAAAACGUUUGCUAAAACUUAAAGAAAUGCAUUUUAAAAUGUUAGGUUUACGAAAAAUCAAUGUGGUGUCUAAACAACAAUAUAACAAUUCUUCAGUUAUUGAAGACUUGCAUAACGUUACGGUUGAAGUAAAUACAGUCAACAAUUUACCCGAUUUCACAAACAAACAAAAACAAAAUGAGAAUCGAUGUUCAUCUAUCCAUACUGACGAUGAAGCCGCCUCAUCCGAAACGGUUAAUAGAGAUGAUUCAGAUGAAGUAAAGAUAAUUUACAACGACUCUCUUGCAAAUUUGCAUACAUUGAGCGACUCCAAUGCUCCUCAGGCAAUUUAUGGUAUGGACAGUACCUUGUUUAUAAAUCAACCGAGAUGCAUUUGUUACUGCCAAAAACGUACACGAUAUUUUACAACAAAGGCAACAAAUCGUAUGAUGUGUACUGCCACGGAUGAUAUUAAUGGUGAAAGUUUCGGUUGUACUGCACAAUUAGAAGGAGAUCUUCAAAAUUUCUUGCGCGUAAAUAACAAAACAAGUUAUCAACUGCUCUGUCAUACACAUCGUAACAGAUUGAGGCAUCACGGGUGUUGUCCAGUGUGCGGCAUUUUUUGUACAAAGGGUGUUUUUGUAAUGUGUGGUUACAGACAUAUUUUUCAUCAACGCUGCGCAGAAAGCCGGAACACGGACACCGAAAACAGUUCUAAUGGGAACACCAAUGAUCUUUUCCUAAAAUGUCCUCAUUGCGGCACGGAAAAUGCUACUCACAAAUUCACAAUUAAGCCUAAACAAGUGGCUCCUUGAAAAUCUAUCAGAGAUCCGGAACCACCAAGAACGACAAUUAAGAAUAAGAUAUCACAUAUGCAUGUUAUUACAAAAGCGGAUAAUAUGUAGUAAAUUGAAUAAAUAAUUGUAA